AUGCUUUUGCAGAAUCCCAGUGCGUGUUAUAAUCUCACUGUGAAAAACCCCAAUCAAGUAUGGAAAGCCAGUGAUGUAUAUGGAUCCGAACUUCCGAGUUUGGCCUUUCAAACGUGUUGGACCUUAUUCGUCACUCGCAUUUUCGUCAUCAUUGCCAGACCAUUGCACAUCCCCAGUCUUAUUGCUGAAGUUAUUGCUGGUUUCGUGCUCAGCACAGAUUUAUUGGGGGAGAUACCGAUAAUGUUUCGCCUUCUUUUUCCCAUUCGAGGGAUCUUGAAUGUUGAAGUGUUGAGCAGUUUAGGUAUAAUCUUCUACGCCUUCUUAACUGGCCUGCAGAUGAACUUAGACAACGUCCUACGAGCACAAAAGAAGGCCUUUAGCAUUGCCAUAUCUGGUGUUAUCAUUCCAAUGGUAAUGGCAGCGAUCAUAUAUACUCUGCAUCGAAACACUUACGACGUUCAGACUGAUGAAACCGUUGAAAGUGAUCCACUUAAAGCUUGCCUGUUAUGGUCAAUAUGUCUUACAGUCACGGGUUUUCCCUUGCUCACUGAAAUCCUCGCCAGCCUCAAGCUCCUCUAUACCGAGCUAGGAAGAUCAGCCUUAGAUGCAGCCAUAGUCAGUGACUCUUUUUCUUGGCUUCUGUUUAUGUUAGUGAUUCCAUUUAUCCUUAGCGAAGGAGCUGGAGCAAUCUACACUGUGAUGGGUACCAUAGCAUUCAUCACUUUAUGCAUUUUUGUGGUUCGUCCUGUCAUUACUCCAAUUAUUGAACGAAAGACCGACCGGGAAGAAUGGAAUGAUCAUCAGCUACUGUUUGUGCUGAUGGGAACUGUGAUGUGUGCAUAUAUUACAGACCUCCUUGGCUCUGGCAUUGUUGGGGCUUUUGUGUUUGGAUUGAUUCUGCCUCAUGGGAGAUUUACUGGUCUGAUGAUGUCCGCAUUAGAUGAUGUUGCUUCUGGUGUUCUAGCACCUCUGGUUUUUGCUGGCUCUGGCAUGAGAAUGGACUUGACAAAGGCCUUCUCUCACAGAAAUUGGGCCUUUUCAGUGAUGAUUGUCGUGUUAUUAUGCACCCCAAAGAUUCUCAGCACUUUGGUUGCUACUUUUGCUUAUGGUAUCCCUAUUCGAGAUGGUUUGGGACUCGGCGUGCUGAUGAGCACCAAAGGCGUCAUGGCUUUGAUAAUGCUUAACAUUGGUUGGGACAGACAGAUUUUGACGGUCUCAUCCUAUUCAAUUCUAGUCACUGCUGUUGUUAUAAUGACUAUAGCAUCUUCAGUUGUCACCAACACUGCUUACAAACCAAGACAUCAAUUUAAGAUGAAUAAAAUGAGAACCAUACAAAAUUCAAGACUUGACACAGAACUUCGAAUUUUGGCUUGUGUGCAUAACAACCGCCAUGCUAGUAGCAUGGUGAAGAUCCUUGAAUGCUUCCAUGCCUCAAGAGUUUCCCCUCUCUAUGUCGGUGCACUUUACCUUGUUGAACUUACGAGUCGUGGCGCUUUCGUGCUCCUUGACCACAUGAGCCAACAUGUUUCCCACACAGGAACACAGUACCAUAGUCAAUCACAAGCUGAGCUCGAAGGCAUUACCAACACCUUCCAAGAAUUAGCCGAGUCAAAUGAUGCCGUUCGAGUUGAAACAUUCAAUGUUCUAUCAAGCUAUAAAACCAUUCAUGAAGACAUAUACAACACAGCAAAUGAAAAACACACUAAUCUCAUCCUCCUCCCUUUCCACAAGCAGGUCAACACAGAAGGCAGUCUAGAAAUGCUGAAUAGGGCGUACAAAGACAUAAACUACAAUGUCAUGAAAGAACCACCUUGUUCAGUGGGGAUCUUCAUUGAUCGAGGCGUAUUCUCACUAUCCAAAACGAAUUGUCGUAUUCUCAUGAUUUUCGUAGGUGGACCUGAUGACCGUGAAGCCUUAGCUAUUGCCUGGAGAAUGGCAACUUAUCCCGGAGUUUACCUCUCAUUAGUGAGGAUACUUCUAGUUGAUGAAGCUUCAUAUCAGGUGGAUAAAGAAGUUGCGUUGAAAGCCAAAGGGAUAUUGUCUAUGGCUUUGGAUAGUUCCAAGCAAAAAGAGCUGGAUGAUGAGUAUGUGAACUUAUUUAGACUCAAGGCAAUGCACAAUGAAGACUCCAUAACUUACUCAGAGAAGGAAGUUUAUGUGGGUGAGGAUAUUCCUGAAUUACUAAAUGAGUUAGACCAAGGUGAUGAUUAUCAUCUGUACAUAGUGGGACAAGGCAAAGGGAGAAACUCUGUGUUAUUCUCAGGUCUCAUGGAAUGGUGUGAUUGCCCUGAGCUUGGAGCUAUAGGAGACAUAUUGGCAUCCAACAGUUUCGGGUCUAAAUCCUCUGUGCUUAUUGUGCAGCAAUAUGGAUAUGAUGGAACCAUGUCCGGAAAUGCUGUUCAGAAACAUCCAAAUGAUCAGGAAACAAAAGAAGAUGGCUCUCAUACGCUUAUUAAUCACGUCUGA